ACGAAACCUCAACAGCUUCGGCUGUCAAACCUGCCUCCUUAAAAGUCUAAUCUUCCUGCGGAAUUGGUACCUAACGGUCUAGCAGAAGACAUGUCAGCCAAUUAUUGGCAAUCGACACAAUGUCGCUUCUGGAGCUUCACCAAGGAGCAGCUCGCGACAAUGCGACAGAAGCUUGAAGAGGACAAUGCCGAACUGGUGCGAAUGUUUCCACUUCCGCAGCAACGCCAUUUGUACAUAUAUUUUAAUCAACAAUUGAUACGGCUGGCGAAGCGAUUAACGAUUCGACAACAAUCCAUGGCCACGGCGCAGGUCUACAUGAAGCGAUUCUACUCCAAAGUCGAGAUUCGUCGAACGAACCCAUACCUCGUCAUAGCGACCGCGAUAUACCUAGCCUGCAAAAUAGAAGAGUCUCCUCAACAUAUUCGACUCAUCGUGACAGAGGCGCGACAGAUGUGGGGAGAUCUCGUGGCCAUCGACACGUCCAAGCUGGGCGAGUGUGAGUUCUUCAUGAUAAGCGAGAUGCGAUCACAGUUGAUUGUAUUCCAACCGUAUCGAACGAUCACAGCCUUGCGAAGCGAAUUAUCGUUGGUGGACGACGAAGUGCAACUGGCUCGCUCGGUCAUCAACGAUCACUUCAUGACGGAUCUUCCGCUCCUAUACCCUCCACAUAUUAUCGCCAUGGUUGCCAUCCUACUGGCCUUGGUGUUGAGACCUAAUAACUCCGGUCCUGGCCAGAACACUUCAGGAGCGGCCGCCGCCGCAGGACUAGCAGCUGCUCAACAGGCGCUGAUGCGAGCACAGGGCCAACAAGCACAAGGUGGAAUGCCCGAGCCUGCUGCUGUAGAACCUAAGGAGAAGCGGCAACAAGAUCGGGUGUCGCGGGUGCAAAAAUUUGCGAAAUGGCUGGUCGACAGCAACGUGGAGAUUGCAUCUAUGGUGGAUGCUACUCAGGAGAUAAUAUCAUUUUAUGAAUGUUAUGAACAUUACAACGACAAGCUUACUCGCGAACAGAUCAACAGGUUUGUUAAGGCAAGAGGCUUAGAUAAGUGAUCAAGUUAUGAGAAACGAGACAUGAAGCAUGGUAUAUGCGGGUUUAGCAUUGAGGAGCAUUGACUGGGAGUUUUAGGCGUUACUGGUUAUUGUUAUUAGAGAUCAGAGACAUUCAUACAUUUUAGUGUUAUAUGAAGCUUCCACCCUGGCUGUCUGUCUGUAUAGUCCUAGAACUUUAACUUUAUCUUACUAUCGUAUGAACCUGGUAGUUUAACGACAUGGAAGACUCCGUGCAAGAGAUCAAAUAAGGUAAAC